CUGUGGUAACUUGCUGAGUUUCCCUGGAAAUCGCACCCUUGCCCAGCGAGUUUAACCUCUUUACAUUUAAUCACUUCCCACGCCCUCUGCUCUGAUAUUGACUCAGGAGAAACGGCACGGCUGCUUCUCCUUCAGGAAAAAAACGGCAUGAAAGAAACUAAAACACGUGACGGCAGAUUGUUCUCCAGGAGCUGCAGCUUUCAUCAUUUUUUUCACUCAAAUGAAAUUUCCUUCCAAAAAUGCACAUGUCCAGAUUUGCAGAAAGGACAUGUCUGAACAUGCCCAGGAAAUCAGUCAGUGUUGCUCUGACUGUGAGUCCUGGAAUCUGGAAAAGUUGUUCAAAGAUUUUCCAGCAGGAAUCCUGUUUUUGGGUGAAAUGAUCCAAGACAAAAAUGUUUUUUUAACCUUCAUUUUAAUAAAUGUCCAACAUGGAUGGAAGAGCUGUCUUCAAUUCAGCCCUUUAUUUUACUUUUACUUCUUACUUAAAUUCCUAGAUUUAGGCAAAGAUCACAGUUUAGUUUCAAUCCACUCUGUUAAAAAAAAGACCCCCAUCAACAAAAUUACCCUUACAUGGAGAGAAAUGAAGCCAUACCAAAUAUGACACUAAGGGAUCCUUAACGAGCUCCCAUACAUCUGCUGUUCCACUUCCAUAAACCCGGAGCAUCAAGCGCAGAAGCAGAAGAUCACCUCAUGCAUGUCUGUGAAAACUUUCACAUCUCAAAGUAAAGAUGUCAAACAGAUCACACUGUCCUCCAGCAGCGGGUCUGCUGCUGGACGCUCAUCAACUGUCCUGACUUCACACUUUUAGCGUUUGCUGCGUAGGAAGAAGCACGAGGCCUGCAGUCCACAGUCUACACGCUGGAACAGAGCUUCUGAGAGACGUCAGCAAAGAUGGCAGACAAGCUGCAGAAGCUCGUGGCUGACAAGAAGGACAUGGUGGAGACCGUGAUGGAAGUGUUUGAGCAGGGAGCUGAAAUGGUGGCCAGUAUCGCCGGGGAUCUCUUCCCCGUCUUCUCCAUUGCUGCCCCGAUUGUCAAACUGGCUCUGGAUAACGUGGAGAGCAAAGAGGCUGCAUUCAUGAAGGAGCAGUUUCAGAAGGUCAGAGAUCGUCUGGAGGUGGUGUCCGAGGAGCUUCAGCGGAUCAACGACGAGAUCAAGAAGAGUGGAGUGGAUGCUACGUACUUCCCCGUGGAGGAAAACAUCACUAACCAGUUCAGGAAGUACAUGGACAUCCUCAACGCCAAACCCAAGUUCCGGGAAGUGAAGAAGAAGCUCUUCCUGGAGCAUUUUGCCAAAACCGGAGGCGAUAAAAAUCUUCACACCUUAUACAACGUUGUGAUGGGAGAAAAUUUCUCCGGGGAAUCUGUGCUCGAGAUCAUCCUGAACUAUGAGGAGAAGAGUCGCCGGGCGAUGGAGGACUUCUGUGCCCGUCUGAAGAAGCUCUUCUGCAUUGGGCUCAUUGCAUUGCUGGGCCACGCUGCACUCAAAGGAUAUGAUGAGGAGGACGAUCUUCUGAAAGACUGGAGUGAGAAGAUGAAGGCUGUCCAGGGUAGAAUGAAUGCUGUCAUCGAAGACUGCAUCGUCAGCUUCCCCAAACAAGCUGAAGAAGAUUCCCGCCGACUGGUGAGAGACCAGCCAAACUUAACCAACCAGCAGCUAGCUGAUGCUAUCAUAGAGCAGCUGAAGAAGAAGUACGACUGGGUGGGCUGGUCUGUGCGUAUUUUCAGGUCUCCUUCGGGCCUGUUCGCCAACAAGAAGGAUUUCCACUGCUCAACGGGAAAGAGCCGCUUCCAGGUCCCUUCAUCAGACGAGAAACUGAACGUGUGGGUGUCCUACAGCUCCUCUCCCGAGCCUGUGGACAAGAGCCACAUCCAGCAGCUGAUCCAGUCUCAGAAGAAACUGGCAGUGGUCGGGGUAGCUGAGUUCCUAUUUGAGAAGUUACCUGGUGACUGUGUGGUUCACACAAUCAAAACCACCAAAGAUCUGGCCUGCUCAUCGAGCUUCGAAGAUGACCUUCACUACUGGGAGGAGCACAAGAACUUCUACGUCUGUGUUCAUUCAGCUUGAUGUUUCAGACACUGAACUAAACUCUGAAAGUCUCUCGUCCUGUGUUUGUGUUUCUUGUGUUUCACAUCAUAUUUGAAUAGAUGAAUACUGCACCUCUGCUUCACCUUACACUCCUCUAGAAGCACGUUUUGCAUCCAUCUUGGUUUUUUUGAUGCUCCUAUCUAAAUGAAUGGAAGAGAGCCACAAUAUUUACUGGUCAUGAGAACAUAAAAAACACGUAUGAUAACCAAAUGAAUCUGAUAUAAAAAAAAAAUAAGUUAAAAAGAGUUAAAAAGACUUUUCAUCACCGUCUCACCCUGAGCAAACAUCCUCCUCAGUCAUGUUAUAUAAUAAGCAGUAUAAUAAAUAAUAAGCAGUAGGCACGCCUGCUGUAACAGUUAGAGCGGUCAUAAACCUCUGCUGUGUGCAUGUGUCAGUGCAACCACAUGAUUGGCCGACAUGUUUCCCAGGUGUUGAUGAGGGACAUUAAGGAAUCCUCCCAUAGCUGCAGCGGUCUGACAUCAUACAGCAGGUGCCUCAGCUGCACCUCCACAAUCACCGUUUUAUGCUUCAAUGUUCUUUUUCUAUUAUUCACAGACACGAGGUUCAUCACAGGAAGCUAACAUAAAGAAAACCUAAACAUUAAUUAGACAUAAUGGUAAUUAGCAUGGAUUAGCACAGUUUUUCCGUUCCUAUGCUCAGAAAAGAUGCUGAAGCUCUGCCGUUCAGUCAGAUCAGGGCUGAAAGAACGGCCUGAAGAAGCACCUGAAGGCUUUCCCGCGAUGAGGCUGGCGGAGUGCUCGCCUCCCGGCUCACUUUGUGUUAGUCAAAGUCGUGAGCCAGAUUUUAGAGAAACCUAAUCAGACAUAUUUUCAUGAAAUUCAGGAGGACGUGGUAGUUUCUUUGCAGCAGAGCAUGCUGGGAGUUCAGCUGUCGCAGAGAGACCAUGUUUGUGUUGGUGGUGAUAGGCGCUCACUUCUGUACAGGGAUAAACAGUUAUGGGUUUUUUGGUUAAUCGGGGGUUUGGGAUUCAGCACCAACUGAUUUUUUAGAGAUUUGAAUAAAAAUGUAUAAUCUGACGACUACAUGACACUACUCUGUAACAGUUAUAUGAACCUGUUUUAAUAUCGUGUGUUUUUCGAUCUGUGUUUCUGCUGUUUUUGUAUUGUUUAUAUGUUAUCAUCUAAAUCUAAUAAAUUCUGCUAAUAUCCAAUAAAAACUUGUGCGACAUUGAUUUGAAUGUAAAAAUGUUUCAUAGAAAAUGCUGAUGCUGCACGUCUGUGACAUAUUAUUUCCAUGCAUCGUGUCUCAGAUGAUAAUUUUUGCACCAUAAGAACUGAGUGUAAUAAAUCUUCCAA